UGUCGGACGCAGUCUGAAGUAAAUCGCACAGUUCAGGUGCAUCAGGGCAGACAUUUUUAAGACGACUGACCACAGCUGUGUAUAAUUAAAGAGUGCAAGUAUAUAAACGCGGCUACUUUGCGUAUGCAUCAUUUAAUUAGUAGGAUCGACAUGCUUAAUAUUACCCACGGUGCUGUUCUCAUUAUGGAGAACAGGCUAAGGAAAUAAAAGGCGCAUUACGUGCGCAUCCUGGCAGCUAUGAAAACCAAAUAUGUUGCUUUGAUUCAGCAACGCUUUACAAGGAAAAGCAAGCUCGGUGUGUACCCUUUUGAAAUGAACCGAAUAAUCUGAGCCUGCUGACUAACAUCUCCCAGCGCUGUAUUAUAAGAUGUAUACAGAGAACUCUUCAUUUUUGCCAAAUACUCAAAAUUUUUUAAAUCGUAAUUUGCUGCAGAAUUUUUCCCUUUUUGUAGACGGCUUCGUUCGCUGUGCAGCUUAAGUGAUUGCUUCUAGUGCUUUAAGCAUUUCCAAUACUAUUUUGGGGACACGUGUGAGAUUUGUCAUCUACCUCCCCAUCUAUUCGCUCGUCGAUUGACAGCUCGUCCUGUCAGCGCUGUGGAGCCUUGAGUGUAAAGCGUUCUCUCUAGCGCUGCCUGUGGACAAUCGCGCACACACCCACCUCUAUCGAGACUUAACACAUUCACAUUUCAUAGUUCUACUGUAAAAUAGACAGAGGGAGUCUCGGAGCCCGCCAUUCACAGACAAUCUUGCGUGAAAUCAAAAUAAUAGUAAUAAUAAAAGCAAGACAUGGAUUCCGCUUCAGACCCAGCCAGCGAUGCGGGCAACAGUGCUUCAGAGCCGGCUACCCCGGUGAGGGACACCCCGGUAAACCUGGAGACUCUUCGGAAAGCUGAUCAUCCAACCCCCGUUCGAAGACACAGCUGCUCCAGUACCAACAGAGGUUUGCUGACAAAUGAUCAUUGCUCAAGUAUUAGAAGGUGGCCAAGGCCCUUACUACAUUAUGCAGUAUUGACACCGCUCAUCAAAACGCAGGAUUGCAAACCAAGCUAUCCCCUGAAGGAUGCCGAGAAUUGAAGAACAAAUAAGAGAGCUAUGAUUUAUGUUGUAACUGUAUUAGUGCUCAUUUGGGAGUUUACUCUAUAGUUUUUACUGCGGCGGUUCUUGCCCUGAUCCCAAACAAAUAAGGAUGAACACUAUUGUUAUUAUGAAGUACAAAGAUGUAUGUAUCUAGAAAGUCUCAUUCAUUAUUUCCAAGUUUUGUUACCUUGGGACCAAUGUUUUAGUUUAAAAGUCUUCACUUGAGUUUAUGCGUGUGUGUGCACAUAAGAGGUUGUCUUUUGGCUUUCAUGCAGUGGUACUAAAGCAGCACACCAUAUGCAGUGCUAUGAUAUGGCUAGUAUGGUAGAAUGCUGGGUUUGAUGUUGUCUGCUAGCUCCAGGUACCUGGGUGCAGAUCUUAAUCUGGCUAAUAGCUUUGAAUGGUUUGUGUGUCUCUGCGGGUUUUCUUCAGAUGUCCCACCCAAAGAUUUCCAUUUUUAAAUCCGCUACUGUCUGCAUUUUGACCCAGUUUAAAGAAAUAAACCUGCUGGUUAACUGGAACUGGCUUCAGCUUCUCUCCCAAUUUUGAUAAAUUACUCUAUAGUUCCCUCUCAUGGAAAAAGUGAGCUUAGAAAAUGGAUGGAUAGUCUCCAUUGUCAUUGCCUCAUUUAAGAUAUAAAAGCCUAAUGUUUG